AUGACAAAAAGUAAUUCUUCUUCUCAACGUAAUGUGGAGUAUAUUCGUCGUAAAAAUGUAGAAGAUAAUCAAGUUUUUCUUCAAAACCUUCUUAUAACUACUAUUCGAAAUGAUUUUGUCAAAUCAGCACGUUCAAUUCUUCAUACAAAUAGAAAUAACCAAAGCCAAAAAAAUCUGCAACAACAAAAAGUCGAACAUAUAACUCGAUACCGUGAAAAAGUCAAAUCUGGUGAAAUUGGUCCAUAUGUACCUGAAUGGCAACGUCACCUUGAAGAAAAGAAAAAAGAAGCAGAGAAAAGAUUAUUAGAAAAAGAACAAAAAAAAUUGGAAAACGAACGAAAACGACAAGAAAGAUUAUUGGAAAACGAACGAAAAAGAGAAGAACAGCUAUUUGAAGAAGCAUUAAGGCAAAUUGAACGAAAAUUAAAAAUGGAAGAAAAAGAAAAGAUACGUUUGGCCCGACAACGUCCACCUAAACCUACAAAAUGGGCUUUAUAUGAUAAAGAAAUUGGUAAUAGUAAUCGUUAUCAACGUAUAUUUAAACCACGACAUACAAAAGUUGGUGAACGAAUACAACAGAAUUUGUUUUAA